AUGUCUUUUUUACCUUCUCCUCCAUCAUUGGUUGAGAAAGAUCUUUCUCAUCAAAUCUUACAAUUCUCUCGUAAUUCUCUCCUUCCUUCAUGGCUUGCAAGAACGAGUACGCAAUUAAUCAUACAUCCACUCUAUCGGGCUCAAAUUAUUUUACAAACACAGGCUUGCUCUCGGAUUCCCGAAGAUGAAAAGUUGAAUCAUUUUCAUGAAAAGUUUAGUGCUCCAACGUUGAUUGCUGUGGAUGAUGGAUUUUUUAGUCUGUGGAAGACCUUAUUGUAUAAUAUAGUGAAGAGUGUUCCGACGAUUGUGGUUCAGUAUGCUCUGCAGAAAUAUGCCUUGUCUCGUGUGGAGAAUGAAAACUUGAAAAUUGCUUUGUCUGCUAUUGCAAGUGAUGUUUUGCUGUAUCCUUUGGAUUUGAUUGAAGUGGUUUAUAUGGCUGAUCGAUCAGAACAGGGUAAAUUUGUUGGAGGACAAACAUUCCAGUUUCGAGGUCUUUUUGACUGUGUGAUUCAAAUGUAUCAACAAGCACGAGAGGAAUUGGAGAUGAAAUCGUCAUCCUUCAAUUUAUUUUCUGUUCUUUCACAUGCAUACUAUAAGGGAUUUUUAUUUAGAACUUUGUGUGUUUCAGUGCCAACACACUUGUUGAAUGCCUAUGUGGAAAAUAGAGUUCAACAAAAGGGUGGCUUACUUAAAAAUCAUUGGCGAAAAGUAUUGACAAGUGGAGGCUCAAAGGCCUUCUAUUCUGAGUUGUCUGAAACUUUAAGCUCUCCCUCCAAAUACUUUAAACAAAAGUUGACAUUUAUUAUCAAGAGCUAUUGGUUGAAGAGUAUUAUUUACUUCUUGUUGUAUCCUUUGGAUACAGUUUCACGAAAGAUGCAAGUGAAUGGACAACCUGGAUUUUUAAGAAAAUACUCAAGCUUGAAAGACUGUUUCACAACAACUCUCAUCGAAGAAUGUUCGGAAAAUUUUAAAGACAUGACCAUCAACAAUGGUUUCUUUAAUGGAUAUCUUUUCAGAAGUCUGGCCAUUCCUCUUUCUCUCAUCAUUCCAGCGCUUGUUGUGAAAUUCGUUGGAAGCUCAUCAAAUGCAACGAGCUCAAAGAAAUUUAGUUUACUUUCUUAA